AUCUGACGGAGUAAACACCGGUCAUGUGACCAGCAGCUGAGCUGAGGGAGUUUGAGGAAACACACACACCAAUCAACAUUAAACCAGCAGGUCCUGAUGAUGUCACUUCUUCUUCUUCUGUGUUUCUGUGGCUCCGCCGCCGCCGUGCCGCCCGCAGGAACUCAGCCUGAGCAGGUGCACAUCUCGUAUCCAGCUGUGUCGGGCUCUAUGCUGGUCACAUGGUCCACAGCCAAUGAGACGGAGAGUGUGGUGGAGUUCGGGGUGUGGGGGGGGACGCUCUUCAGUCGCUCGGCGAAGGGAAACUCCACCGUCUUCAUUAACGAAGGACUCGAGCGCAGACGUGUCUUUGUCCACCGGGUCACGCUGGAAGACCUGAGGCCCGGCACCGCUUACGUGUAUCACUGUGGCAGUGACUCUGGCUGGAGUGAUGUCUUCUCCUUCACCGCUCUGAAUGAAAGCGUGAGUUUCAGCCCCAGAUUCGCUGUGUUCGGAGACAUGGGCAAUGAGAACCCCCAGUCUCUGAGUCGGCUGCAGAAGGAGACACAGAUGGGUGUGUACGACGCCAUUCUGCACAUCGGGGACUUUGCGUAUGACAUGGAUGAGGACAACGGUAGGAUCGGUGAUGAGUUCAUGAAGCAGAUCCAGUCCAUCGCUGCUUACACACCGUACAUGACCUGUCCGGGAAACCACGAGUCGGCAUUUAAUUUCUCCCACUACCGGAGUCGUUUCAGUAUGCCGGGACACACGGAGAAUCUGUGGUACAGCUGGAACGUCGGUCCCGCUCACAUCAUCUCCUUUUCCACUGAAGUCUAUUUCUAUCUGGAAUACGGCCUUGAUCUGCUGUUCAGACAGUACGAGUGGCUACGGAAGGAUCUCGAGGAGGCGUCCCGUCCUGAGAAUCGAGCGCAGAGACCGUGGAUCAUCACGAUGGGACACAGACCCAUGUAUUGUUCUGAUGAUGAUAGUGACGACUGCACACGCUUUCAGAGCCACGUCCGCCUCGGACGCAACGACACGAAGCCCGUGGCUCCUGGACUGGAGGAUUUAUUCUAUCAGUAUGGAGUGGAUCUGGAGCUCUGGGCUCAUGAACACACGUAUGAGAGACUCUGGCCUGUGUACGGAUUCAAGGUGUUUAACGGGAGCUCUGAAGAGCCGUAUGUGAAUCCUAAAGCACCCGUGCACAUAAUCACCGGAUCAGCCGGAUGUCGAGAAAAGCACGACGGCUUCAUCCCGAAGCCUCGAGACUGGAGCGCGUUCAGAAGCACUGAUUACGGAUACACACGCAUGCGUCUGAUCAACAACACACACCUGUACCUGGAGCAGGUGUCCGACGACCAGUACGGUAAAGUGAUCGAUCAGAUCACGCUGGUGAAGGAGAAACACGGACCGGACGCCUGGCUCUGAAGAUCCUGAUCCACAUCACACACACACACACACACACACACACACACACACACACACACACACACACACACGCACACACUCACA